CAUCCCCCUCUCUUCAUUACUAUCUCGUGUUUUAUCUUCUAAUUCUCAAUUUCACACACUUCUAGAGAGAAAUAGAGUGAUUCUGUAGUUUUUCUUCUCUUUUGUGGUCUAUUUUUGAUUUUUUGGAAAAUGUUGGGUGUUUUUAGCAGUUCCAUUGUUUCUCCGCCCGAAGAGCUCGUCGCCGCCGGUAGCCGGACUCCUUCACCUAAGAUCACGUCGGAUGCUCUGGUGAACCGGUUUGUUCAAAGAAAUUCAUCGGCGAUUUCUAUGCAGAUCGGCGAUUUUGUCCAACUCGCUUACUCUCACUCCAACGAGUCUGCUGUACUCCCCAGGUCAUUUGCUGUUAAGGAUGACAUAUUUUGCUUGUUUGAGGGAUCACUUGACAACUUAGGGAGUCUGAGGCAACAAUAUGGCCUUGCCAAGUCUGCAAAUGAGGUGAUGCUGGUGAUUGAAGCAUACAAGGCACUUCGGGACAGAGCACCUUACCCUCCAAAUCAUGUUGUUGGUCACCUUGAAGGCAAUUUUGCUUUCAUUGUUUUUGACAAGUCUACUUCCACCUUGUUUGUAGCUACCGAUCAAGUUGGUAAGGUACCCCUCUACUGGGGAAUCACUGCUGAUGGGUAUGUGGCCUUUGCCAAUGAUGCUGAUUUGCUUAAAGGUGCUUGUGGCAAGUCACUUGCUUCUUUUCCUCAAGGGUGUUUCUACUCUACAACAGUUGGUGGACUGAGAAGCUAUGAGAACCCCAAAAACAAGAUCACCGCCGUUCCUGCUACUGAGGAAGAAAUAUGGGGCGCUAAGUUUAUGGUGGAAGGUUCAGCUGUUGUUGCAGCCACUGAAUAGAAGAUUUCGGUUUUCCUCUUUGAGCUCUGAGGGAAAAACAAGGCCGUGAGUAUUAGUGGGGGAGCCAUGUACAUAAAGUGAACGACUACUGUUUUCUCUUCCUAGUAAUUCUGAAGUUCUACUUUUGUGCUGCUUAGGGUAGAGUUAGGUUGAAAGUAUGAUGUUUGGUUUCUUCUAAGGUAUUUUAACUACUAAAAUCAAUGUACACCUUUCUUUCAGCUCAAUAAUGUUUGUAAUAGUAUGUAAAUAUGAACAAUGAAGAACCUGUUCAUGCAAUUUCUUUCUUUACUCA